CCUUUGUUUUAGACCAGGUUAUCGAAAAUCCUUAUGAUCAAGAAAGAACACAUCAAACAAUUGAGAGAGAUGAAUACAGAAGCAGAAAAGCUGAAAUCCUAUUCUAUGCCAAUAGGUAUUGAGUUUCAGAGGAGAUACGCAACUAUUGUUCUAGAUCUAGAACAACUAAACAAAGACUUAAAUAAAGUUUUGCAUAAAGUUCAACAGUAUUGUUAUGAGCUUGCUCCUGAUCAAGGCCUCCAGCCUGCCGACCAACCAACAGAUCUGAGGCGUAGGUGUGAAGAAGAGGCUCAGGAGAUCGUCAGGCAAGCAAAUUCCUCAACAACAGGACAGCUUUGUGUUGAGAGUGAAAAUUUAACUGAUCUUAUCUCUAAACUUACAGCAAUAUUACUGCAAAUUAAGUGUCUAGCAGAAGGAGGUGAUCUGAAUUCCUUUGAAUUUAAAUCACUAACAGAUUCAUUAAAUGACAUUAAGAAUUCAAUAGACUCAUCAAAUAUCAGUUGUUUUCAGAAUAACGUUGAGAUCCACGUUGCACAUAUUCAGAGUGGUCUGAGCCAGAUGGGAAAUCUACAUGCUUUUGCAGCUAAUAACACCAACAGAGACUGAAAAUUUUUUUUUCAAGUGUACAGCAAGUAGUUCUGGAAAAUCCUGUUCCUUUAUAUGGGCUUCACCAAAUAUCCUAACUGCCAGAAGAUAAGGGGAAAGAAAACCUCUCAGAAAGGACCCUUUUAAAUAUAUUAUAUCUGCUUCUUAAAACCAGCAUUACUGGCCAGCGUUAUGUUAGAUUUCUCCAUUUGUUAUUCACAUGCAGUAGUUUUGCUAACUGGUAAUCUCUUAGUAAUUGCAUUUAUUAUAACAAACUUGAAAACAUACUUUCAAUAUAAUUUGAACUUAGUUUUUAAAAGUUCAGAUGACUUCUGCACACCUCUUGCUGUUGGCUCGCCUGGUAUGUUAGAAGCGAUGAAGAGGAAAUGGCUCAAAUUAGUAGCCCCAUGGCAGGUCUUUGUUAUGUAGAGCUCCGCUUCUCGGUAGGUCUCGAGAGCUGCCAUUUCAGCCGUCGGGUAGCAUGGUGCCAACGCAGGCUGAGUGUUCCUGAUCUCAAGAAGCAGCAGCAGGAUACGGACAGCAAACAGAAGCUGGAAACUGGAGGAUGCUGGGCAGGUCCAUCCAUCAGUCAGUGUCUUAUUGGAACUUUUAAUUUAUCAUAACUUAUAGAAGGAGUCUCAUGAAGGAAUAUAAAAAUGUAACUGGUAACUUUCCAGAAAGAGAUUGGUUAUGGCUUUUUCCCUUUUUCCCACACGGGGCAAAAGAAGCGCUUUAGUUUGGUAUUUUAUAUAAAUGACUGGUUAAACAUACUGUUUUUCCAAAUUUUUGUUUGUUUUGCACAACUUUUAAAUUAGAUUACUGGUUAUCCACCAAUACCCAACAUAUAUAAAUAUGAAGAUUUUUACAAUUAAAGAUAACCAGUGAGGUAAACUGCAAAAAUAAGUGACAACCUGCCUAUGAGUACCUUUUGGAAUGUUAAUCUUGUAAAAAGUGUGUAUUGGUUUGUUUAAAUAGUCUUGUAAAGCUUCUGUGUAAUGAAUUGUUUCCAGAUACGGAUUUUCAGAGAUAGCUGUAGAGAUGUUUUUGAUUCUUUUAGAUGCCUCAUUAAAUGAGGUCUUUUAUAUGUUAAUGUAUAAAGAAUAUGUAAACAGGAUUAUUUUCAAUUUUAAAAUUUUGUAUAGUUUAAAGAUGCUUCUGUAUUCUGUGUUGGUAUUGUGCCACUGCAAAACUUUAGUGCAGAGUUUAUAUUUAGCUAAACUUGUUCUGUUAAUUAAGAGAAAUGCAUAAAUCUUUUAUUCUCAAUGAAAUUUGUAACUCUGAAUAAAUUGACCUAUGAGAGUUGAUAUAUUUCACAAAAAUGC